AUGAGACGGGCAACGAUUUCGGAGGAGGGAGGAAAGGAGGGUGAAGAGGAGGGAGAAGAGGAGGGAGAAGAGGAGGGAGCAGAGGAGGGUGAAGAGAAAGGGGCAGAGGAGGGGGCACAGCUGGGAUCACAGGUGGGAGCAGAAGAGGGAGUGGAGGAGGGAGCAGAGGAGGCAGAAGAGGAGGGAGAAGAGGAGAGAGCAGUAGAGGGAGCAGAGGUGGGAGCAGAGGAGGGAGCAGAGGAGGGGGCAGAAGAGGGAGUGGAGGAGGGAGCAGAGGAAGGAGCAGAGGAGGGAGCAGAGGAAGGAGCAGAGGAGGGAGCAGAGGAAGGAGCAGAGGAGGGAGCAGAGGAAGGAGGCAGAAGGAGGGGAGCAGGGGAGGGAGCAGAGGAGGAAGCAGAGGAGGGAGAAGAGGAGAGAGCAGAGGAGGGAGCAGAGGAGGAAGCAGAGGAGGGAGAAGAGGAGAGAGCAGUAGAGGGAGCAGAG